CUGAAAAAAUGGCUGAUUCAAAAAGAUCUUUGGACGUAGCAAGAUCCCAUUUGCUCUCCCGUGAAAGAGCUCUCACAUCAUCACGAGAUACUGCAAGAUCUCAUCUCUCAUCUCGAGGAACAGACAUGGGGAAGAAAGUAAAGAAGGACGAGAAACCACCUCCUGAUGACGUGUUUGACCCUCUGUUGGUUGAGAGCAGACAAGCUGGAACUGUGGUCCUUAUGUUAAGUAGUCCAGAGGAAGAUGUACAGGCCAAAGCAUGUGAAGCUAUUUAUAAAUAUGUUGAUAAAUGUGAUGAAAAUAAGAAACAGCUACUUGAUUUAAAUGCAAUUGAGGCUUUACUUCCACUUUUACAAAGCGAAGAUAGAAUUGUCAGAAGAAAUGCUUGUAUGGCAGUCAGUGUUAUGACAGCUCAUUCUGAAGUAAGGAAAAAGUUGAGAAAGAAUGAAGAAGCCAUACCUGCUAUGAUAACAUUGUUAGCACCUGAAGAGGAUACUGUUGUACAUGAGUUCUGUGCCCUUGGUUUAUCACAGAUGGCUAUAGAGUUUAGCAGUAAAGCAGUGAUAUUUGAGAAUAAUGGAAUAGAACCAUUGGUGAAAUGUCUGAGCUCAUCUGAUCCUGAUGUACAGAAAAAUGCUAUAGAGACUUUGGCACAACUUCUUCUUGACUACCAGACAAGGGCUGCAAUCAAAGAUGCUGAUGGAUUAUCUCCCAUGUUAGAAUUACUAAAAUCAGAAUUUUCCAUCAUACAGAAGUUAGCUCUACUUGCAUUAGACAGGGCAUCACAAGAUGCUGACAACAGAGGUGCUUUGAGAGAAUUAGAGGCUAUGUCUAAACUGGUAGAUUUUGUAGCCCAUCCUGAAUGGAAUGAUUUACAUGUUAUGGCUGUAAUGGUUCUAGCCAACCUGUUAGAAGACCAUGAAAGUUUAGAGUUAGUAAAAGAGACAGGCACACUGAAGAGACUUGUUGCUCUGAUAACAGAUCAGCCUCCACCAGAGGAAGAGGCAAAAGGUGGAGGUGGAAAGGGAGGAAAGGCAGAAAAAGGAGGGUCAAGGGCAGCUAAAAAGAGUGCUAAAGAUGGGGGUAAAUCUAGCAGAGGCAAAAAGUCCUCAGAAGAAAAAGAGGAGUCAAUACCAGGAGAGGCCAUCAUACCUACCCUACCUGAUGUUAAAAUGUGUGCAGCUAAAGCUAUAGCUAGAUCAGCCAGGAGUGCUGAAAACAGAAAGAUUCUACAUGAACAAGAAGCAGAGAAAAUGUUGAUCCACUUAUUGGCUCAUGAGUCUACCGAAGUUCAAACAGCUGCAGCUCAGGCUCUUGGUAUUAUGUCAGAAAAUCUGCUCACUAAAGACUCAAUACGAGAGUGGGAGGGUGUUCAGCCAUUGGUGAAGUUACUGAAUUCAGACAAUGGUGAUGUUAAAGAAGCAGCUUCAUUGGCACUAGCUAAUCUGACUGCCAAUAACAGUACUAAUUGUCAUGAUAUCAGUAACUUUAAUGGAAUUGAUGCCUUAAUCCAUACAUUAGCUGAUGCUAGAGAGGAGGCUGUAGCUAAUGCUGCCUGUUGUCUGACAAACAUGGCCACUGAGGAAGCAUUGAGAAGUGAUGCUCAGAACAAACAUAUUGUAGUCAAACUUAUAGAGCCUUUAAAAUCAAAGAAUACAAAUGUACAGUCGAAAUGUUCGUUAGCAGUGGCAGCUUAUGUAUGUGAUGCUGACUCCAGAGCUGAUUUCAGAAAUAAUGGAGGUAUUGAGUAUUUAAUAACAUUGUUACAUUCUGGAAAUGAUGAAGUUAGGAGAAAUUCCUCUUGGGCCAUAGCUGUUUGUGCUGUAGAUGAACAGACUGCUUCAGAAGUUUGCAAGUUAGGUGGAAUGUCAGUAUUACAAGAGAUACAGGUGUCAGGAACCAGGAGAAAUCCUUUUGCUGAUGUGGCACUGCAAAACUUACUCAACAGUAACCUAUCAGCUAAAUAUUCACUGACUGGAGCCCUUAGUUCAACAAACAUAAUACUAGAUGGAUUCUAUGAUGCUGGACAGUUGAGACCUGGAAGUCAGUUCUUGUCGCUGGAGGACUACUGUAAACAGGAACUACAUGACAAACGACCUGUACUUCUAGUUAAUGCUAAACCAGAGUCAGCACCCAAGGAAUCUCAGUCAAAUGCAGAUGCUGAAAUGGCAAAAGACAGUUCAAAGACUAGUGUAUCUGGGAAAUCCUCCCGUACUGGACGGGAAACUAAGGCAGUUGUUUCCCUUUUGCAGUCCUUCGCCACCGUAAGUAUUUGCUGAUUUAUUGUAUUCUCACACAGCCUAAAGGAAGAUGUAUGCAUGGUUUAAUGGUGUAUAGUGUUGUACUUUUGUAAAAAAAAAAAGUGGUCAUAUUAUAAAAUAAUAAAAUUGUCGGCUUGGCAUAUUAACAUUUCAUGAAAACAAAUUAUUUCUUUAAAAAAAAAGAUGUGUUCUAGAAACAUCUGGCCAUCCAGUCAUAAAAAUUUUGUGUAUGAUUAUCGUACUUGGGCUCAUAAUUCAUCCAAUCAAAAUAAUGGAUUUAGUAUUUUGAGCACAAAUUUUGUACUCUUGAAUACUGAGUAAAGAUUUAUGACCAUGAGCCCUGAAUUUCUGAUUUUGUUUUCUUUUAAAAAACUUCCAUACUUCAUUAUUGUAAAAAUGUAUGCUCAGGAGUUAUUUUGUUGCAUCAACUCCAAAAAUAGAAGACUCUUAUAUUGGAAUUAUAUUAUAUACUGCUAAAUGUAUAAAGAAUUCCUAACUAAAGUCCAUAUAUUUAUCCCAUCAUAUUUAUAAACAACUUUUGUAAUCUGCUUUCUGUGUUAAUACAUAAAUACCUGUUAUCAAAAGUAAUAUUAAAAAAAAACAAAAUCCCAUGUAACCUAUAUAUGCAUAUUACUGGCCAGUUUAUAAACAUUUGAAUUAUAGCAUUACCUAUCUCUAUACACACAAUGAAAAAAAGCACAAUCCCAUGUAACCUUUAUAUGUAUAUUACUGGUCAGUUUAUAAACUGUUUUGAAUUCUGCUUUACAUAUCUCUAUCAACACAAUAGAAAAAUUAUGUGUUACUUUUUGUAAUUAUUAAAUUUAGAGAGGGCCAUACACUCAGCAGGUUUAAAAUUGGUUUCAACAACUCUGGAGAAAUCUCUAGUUUUGUUUUUUGAGAAGAAAAUUGUAAUCCUAUUCAAUAUACCAUUAUUUUUCAGUGGCAGUCAAAAUUCUGACUACCCUCUUAGUCUACCCUAACUUAUUGAUCUGUUUUAUAUUUGGUAGUUGUUUAUAAUGUUCUUGAAGUGUUUGCCAAUGAACAUUAAGCACAUGACAAUCAAUCCUUAUAACAAAAGAUUUAUAAUCUGGCUUUUUGUUUGAUAUUCACAUGCUAAAACUUACAUGUAUGUUCAAUUUAAUUGCUAUUAAACUCAAUCCUAACAUGAUUUAAAUGAAUCAGGCUUUUAUAUCUUUUCUGCCCUUUAAAUGAAAACACUUGUAAAAUGUCAGUUUUAUUUUCAUAAACAAGGCAGUUGAAGAACUGGCACAAAUUAAUAGUUCUUCAUUGAAUUUACAUUGUAAAUAGCACAAAUAAGGGUUCAGUCCCUUUUCAAAGCUGUUUACAUGUUGAUAAGAUGUCGCAUUAUCUGAAUUGUUGCUCUUUCUGUUAUUCAACUGAAAUUAUUGUUUGAAAAUUAAUUUCCGGUAUUUUACAGUGAAUUGUGUUGAUGUGUACUUAGUAUGUUUGUAUUGUCUUUGCAUUGUUUAAUUAUUAGAAUGUUUGAGAUAUUAUCAACGUAAAGAAAUAAUAGCAGAUUUGUAAGAAAGUCUAUUGUCCAACUAUGGUGUUUAACCAAACUUUUUCUGUCUCAGCUUGUCCCCAUCCAAGUUAUUUUACAAUUUUUGCAAGAUUUGCAUAUAGUUGAAAGAUUGAAAACUUAAACUGAGUAUUCAAAAAUAUUUGUACAUAUUAAAGCAACCUUGUCAACACUGUUAAGAUAUCAUCUUAGUUUUCCAUUUAUCAGGUUACUAGCACAAAGACUUUACAGCAUUCCAUCUAUAAAAAAGAAGAUGUGGUAUGAUUGCCAAUGGGACAACUCUCCACAAGAGACCAAAUGACACAGAAAUUAACAACUAUAGGUCACCGUACGGCCUUCACCAAUGAGCAAAACUCAUAGCAAGUAUUGCCAAACAAGUUAGAAAAGGGAAUAUGAUUUGCCAGAAAAGUUUAUGACCUGGGAUCACUUAAAAAGGGACGCUGAUUGGAUGUUGUAAUAUCUUUGUGCUGGUGGAGUAGAGAACUGCAAAGUAACCCUGAUGUAAAAGAAGAAUUUUUCAUUUGAGACCUAUCAAAAUUUGUAAAAUAAAGACCAAAUGUAUAGAAAACAAAAAGUUGUGUAAUGUCAUUUUUGUCAUGUCUGCAACUUUAUGUCGCGGAAACGAGUCAUAGAGAUCCGAUAUUCUGUUGUAGGUGGCAUCUUCAUUUAGGUUCAGUCUGUGUUUUAAGUUUUUUAGACAUCAAUAACUUUGUCAAACCUUCAUGGAAUUUUAUUAAACUUUGGCAUAAGCUUUUUAAUAUUAAGAAAUAAUGUCUAAAGCAAAAUUUUCAAAAAAACUUUUUUAUCUCAUUUUCAGUAUUUUGCUGAUACAACUUAGUUUUUUGCAGAUCAUUUACAGACAGUCCGUCUGUGAUUAAAGUUUUAUGACACUACACAUUUGUAAAUCUUCGUGGAUUAUUAUGAAACUUGGGCAGAAGAUGAUCUUCAAGACAAAGAAAAAAGCAUCUGAAGAAAAAAUAUUGAUUUUUUUUAUAUAAAUUCUUUUUUUUUUAACUGAUCAAUGGACUUACAUUUUACAGUCAACAUUACACUUUAACACUGACAUUAACAAUCGCAGAUGAGAAGCAAUUUUUUACUUCAUGCUUUACACCACUGUACUGCUAUGCACUAUUUUUAGGAAUAUUUUUAUAAAAAAGAAUAUUUGAUGUCUCCCAAGUAAUCUCUAAAUGACAAAAAUAAGUGUUAAUAUUUAUAAAUUAGAAUCAGUGUCUGCUGAUACAAAAUGUAUAAUGACUUUAAACUCCAGAUGUUGUGUGAGAAUAUAUCCUUUUUUAAUUGUAUUGUUGCUAGUUUAUGUUUUAGCCAUUUUGUGAUGUUGCUCAAACUUUAAAUGUUGUGUCAUAAUGCGAUUUUUUCAGAGUUGAGUUAUUGUUCUUUGUAAACAACAUUAAUAAUACAUGCAUGCUUAACGUAGAUGUUUGAUCAUUUUAAUAUGAGUGAAAAAACAUUUAUUGAACAGCUGAAAUAUUUGAAGGUAAAAAAAAAUCCAAAUAGGUUACAUCGUAUAUUAUAUUUUUAUCAGAAAACAGAACUAUGUGUAUCCCAUAUUUAUAUUUAUCCUUAUUUUAAUCGUCAAAAUUAUAAGUCAGUACGUAUGAAAUGAAACUGCAGUAUAUAACUAUUACUCUCUCUUCAUUUCAUAACAGAAAAUCCAAAGCACAGAAAGAAAAAGAAGAAAA